AUGUCAGCGCUUGUUCUACUAUCGUUCAUAGUAGAUUCCAAAAAACUUUCUUGUUUGGAACCGAAGACACCUGGCUUAUGUCGCGGCAAAUUUUUGCGUUACGCAUACGACCGUAAAUCUGGCAAGUGUAUCAGCUUCUAUUAUUCCGGUUGCGGUGCCACACAAAAUAAUUUUCUCACCUAUGAGGAGUGUCGACGUGAUUGUAUGCAACAAUUACGAUAUUGAAUAUCAAU